AUGAGUGCCCUGCGGCUCACGGGCUGUGCGUUUCCAGUGCCGGGCCCGCAGGGGACCGUCAACCUUGGCACCUUCGUGUCAUCUUUCACAGUGCUGCCGUCAGCCCCUCCCGUCCUCGGCCCGCCACACUGGGCCCCCUGGCAGCAGCACCCACCGAACGUCCUGGGCCCAGUGUUGCCCCCAGGAAGCACCCUGGUGCUGCCGACUCUUCCCAGCACGCCGUUGUUCCUGGCGGCCUCGGGAGUGAAGACCAUCCUGCCCGCCCCUCCUGCCUGGAGCACCCAGGCUAGCGAUGAAGGCUGGUCCCUGCACCGUCCACCUCGAGCUGCAGUGCCAGCUGCCCAGCUGGCCUCUGGCGGGCUCCCAGCAUUGGCCAGUCCUCGUCCACCUGGGGCCGCUAGGAACAGCGGCCCGGCCUGCUCGCAGCCCACCGCCUCGCCCGGGAACGCCUGCCACCGCACCAGCAUGAACGAAAAGUUCCGGCGCUGGCAGCACUGCAAGCCCCUGGCCCGCAGGCACCUGCCCCAGAGUCCCGAUGCGGAGGCACUGUCCUGCUUCCUCAUCCCACUGCUUCGGACCCUGGCCCGCUGGAACCCCACCAUGACCCCGGAGGAGGUCCUGCAGCGGGGCGUGCAGAAGUGGCAUUGUCUAAGCAAGUCAGAGCGCAGCAUCUACUAUGUGAUGGCGGGAAGGUUCAUGGAGUUCGAGGCCGAGGAGGCGAGGCAAUGUCAGAACGCACAGUGGAUGAAGGCGGCGCAAGGCGUGCCUAAUCCAGCACCCCUCAGGCCUGUUCCUCGGGCGCCCUCAGCCCCAGAGCGGGGCCAGAAGCGAGCUGGCCAUGACCCCCCACGGGAAUGUCCCCGAGCUCCGUCCUCCCUGAGCACGCUCAGUGCUGGGAAGGUGCGGCCAGCCUACCCACACUCCUUCCCUGCACCCUCCUCAGCACGCAUCCGCGAGAAGGCCAGCGCCGGGGCCCAGUCCGCCAACGCCCAGCCACCGCGAUGCCGGCAGAGCCCGCACACCGAGGCGCCGACGGAGAUCCCCCUCGAGGCCGUGGCAGAGGGCCUGGAGAUCAUGGAGGGGCUGCUGGGGCCCAGCGGCCCAACUCAGGGGCUGCCCGGUGAAGAACGUGGGGAGGAUAGCUCCAAGCCGCCACAGGGAGAGGAGGGCGUCUAUCCAGACCCGGGUCUCCUGACCUACAUCAAUGAGCUUUGUGCCCAGGGAGACUUUCUCAACAAGGCGGACGCAGUUCUGCACCCACGCUUCCUGGCGGAGUUGCCCUGCCCGGAAGCCCAGCUGGAUCUCUUGGCCCUCGCUGAGGAGCUGGAGCAGGAGGAAGGACUGUCUUUGGCACAGCUGGAGCAGAAGCGACUCCUGGAACUGAAGCAGGAGGAGGGUGUGCAGGCCCCCGCGAGUCACGGCACACCCCGACUGGACUCAAGGCCUUCUGGGUCUGAGGCCGGCCAGGAUCCCCAGAGGCACGGCCACGGCCCCCAGCUAGGGGCCAGCGACCAAGCCUGCCCACCAGAGUCUGGUUGCGGGCAGCGCCAGGCGCACAGCCGAGGAGACGCUGGCGUGUGGAGGCCCGAAGCCUUCGCUGCCUCUCCAGGACGCCAGGAGCCCCCUCCCCUGAAGGCUGGCUGGCGGCCCCAUGCCCCCCAGGCUCGGUGCCGCACUUCGCCCAGCCUGGGGCCCAGGCUCGCCACUGCUCCGGGAGAGACCUGUCCUGCUCGGGAGCCCCUGGGGCCCACGGGCAGGCCCAGUGAGGGCGAGGAGGAGCUCCCCAGCCUGGCCUUCCUCCUGGCAUCUCAGCACACACUGCCAUCCUGGGGACUGCCCCAGAGUCCUACUCCAGGCUCAGACCUCCUCCGCCCUGGAGUACCCCAGGCCCGCUCUCCCCAGAAGCCGGGCCUCAGCCCCGCUGGCCCUCCAGCUGGCAAGGCCAGCAGUCGGGCCCCGUGUGCAGGCCCAGCCCCUGCUGGGAAGACACCCCUGCCAGGGGCCAGCCUCGGGGUCGCUGGGGGACCAGCCUUGGCUCUGGGGCUGGGCUGCCCCUCACAGCCCCGGAAGAGAAGGGGGGACCCUUUCGGCACAGGGAAGGGUAGGAAGCGGCCCUGCAGCCAGUAG